AAAUCAGGGUUCGAAUUGGACGCAAUUUUGAGAUUUUUUCGCUGAAAGGGUUGAGAACGGGCCGGAAUUGGUGGUUUCCCUGAUGCAAUCCAAUUCGGGCCGGAAAGUAAGCCCGCAUUUGACAGAUUUCCUUAUUUGCCCUUUAUCUUCUGUUUAUUUUUGCAAUAUAUGUAAUUAAAGGCAUUCUUUAAAGCGGAGUGUGGCUCCAACGCGACGAUAUUGGUAAUUUGACAAUAUUGCCCUCCAAUUAUUUAAAUGAUUUAAAGUAAAUGGUCAACCGGAGUUGGUCGACGCCAUGAACGUUGACCAAACUCGCGCGUUGAAGAAAGCUUCCAGUUUGAAGAUUUCAAAAGAUCAAACAAAUUGAAAACCCUUCGAUUUUUUUCAUCCAGAUCUCUCAAACUUCUGAUCUGAAUUUUCCCCCAAAAAAAAGUUUCAAUCUCCUUCGCACGAAUCAAGUAUCGACAAUGCACGAUUUUUGCUUCACUAUUCCGUACGGGCUGCUUCUGGUCUGCGGCGGGGUAAUAGGGUACGCUAAGAAGGGCAGCGCAGCCUCACUCGGUGGCGGCGUCGGCACCGGAUUGCUGCUCGUGCUCGCCGGUUAUGUCAGCCUCCAAGCUUUCCACAAACGCAAAAACUCUUACUUCGCCUUGAUUCUCGAGACAGCUAUCGCUGGCGUUCUGACCUGGAUCAUGGGACAGAGAUACAUGCAAAGUGGAAAGAUAAUGCCAGCUGGCAUUGUCGCUGGGAUCAGUGUCGUCAUGACUGGAUUUUAUCUCUACAAAAUCGCAACUGGUGGGAACCAUAUUCCACCGAAGGCCGAGUAAUGACACAUCAUCGAUCUACGUUUUUCAUAGCUAACACUGCAAAAACACUUGAUUUGUCGAAAUGCAUGGCUGGUUAGGCAAAACCAUUUUGUUGUUGUGAUUUAAAAAUGUAUUUGACUUGUAUCAAGAAUUCAAGAAUUCUCAGCAAACAACACGUCGUUGUUCUUUUCGUGUUUCUUGGUUGAGAUUCCUA